GGUUGGUGCCGCGGGGCCUACCCCAUCCAACCCUCGGCUCCCCCUUUCCCUCCCUCCCAUCCGCAUCUUUAGGUUCCCGAAUAUUUUUCCAGCAAUUCCUCUAACCCCCCGGGUCAAAUCGUCUCGGGCCGUGAUCCCCCCUCUCCCCCCGGUGUGCGGGCCUGGAUCCGAGAGCAGCCCGCGGCUCCCCCUGCCCCGGGGCUGCGACUCCCCGCAGUCCAGACCCCCCGCGGCCCUGGCCGGGAUCGAGAGCGGGUCCUCGCCCGGCUCGGCUCGGCUCGGCUCGGCUCGACCCCCCUCCACUGCUCCUUGUGAGCCGGGCGGCAGAUUCAAAACCGCACUGGUGGAUUACAGCGGUCGGGAGUCGUAGUAGAGAUGAUCUUUUAUUAUUAUUUUUUUUUUAUUGGCCAAUAUCUUUGCGGGUUGAACUGGUUAUCUGAUAAUUGAAUUGGUGAUCUUUUAUUGCAAGAUUUUUGCAAAAAAAAAAAAAAAAAAAAAAGAUUGCAAGUUUUCGGGCACAAACCCCCUUCAUCGGGCAUUGGAGACAAGACUGUAAAAGUUCUGGGUCAAAAUGAAAGUUCAUCUUUCAUAGGAUGUCACAGAGGGGUCAAUAGAUGGAAAACUCCUCUGGACAGUCGGUUCGUAGCUGGUAUGAAGCCUCUGGCCCCCUGCGAGGAUCUGUGAUGAUGCAAAUUACCUUGAAACAAAGGCCGGAGCAGGAUCUCCGGUUUCAGGUGGUCACAGUUGCUUCCUGCUUGGGAGAAUAUGAAGACUUCAUUUUUAAAAAUUGGCUAAAAUUCAGUAUCUUCCAUGAGUCGGGUAUCCAGGUUGUAGCCAUAUUGGUGGAGAGGAAAAGAAAAUCAGGAUCUUAUGGCACUUCGCAACAGCUAUCGUCUGCCAAAUAAAAACUCUGAGGCUAACCAAUCCAUGAGUGGGCAUCGGUCCUUAAAGAAGCGAUGUGGAGAGUCACAUUCAGAAUCUCCUGUAAGCUGUGGUCGCGUUCCUGCUGCAGGAUGUGUACUAAGCAAAUUAAUUCAGUUGCCUACACCUCCAUUGUCAAAGCACCAGCUCAAGCGAUUAGAAGAACACAAAUAUCAGAGUUCUGGACGGUCCCUGCUUGAGCCACUAAUGCAAGGUUAUUGGGAAUGGCUAGUUGGAAGAGUUCCAGCCUGGAUUGCCCCAAAUCUGAUCACCAUCGUUGGACUGUUAAUAAACAUAUGUACAACUCUAAUAUUAGUGUAUUAUUGCCCAACAGCUACGGAGCAGGCACCUCCCUGGACAUAUAUUGCUUGUGCAUGUGGCCUUUUCAUUUACCAAUCUUUGGAUGCUAUAGAUGGCAAACAAGCAAGAAGAACAAAUAGCAGUACUCCUCUGGGAGAGCUUUUUGACCACGGCUGUGAUUCACUGUCCACAGUCUUUGUGGUUUUGGGAACUUGUAUUGCUGUGCAGCUGGGGACAAACCCUGACUGGAUGUUCUUUUGUUGUUUUGCUGGGACAUUCAUGUUCUAUUGUGCACACUGGCAGACAUACGUCUCUGGAACAUUGCGCUUUGGAAUAUUUGAUGCUACAGAGACCCAGCUCUGUUUCAUAGUGUUCCAGUUUCUCACAGGAACUCUGGGUCCUUGGUUCUGGAACUAUACGAUUCCAGUUGUGAAUAUUCAGACGAAAAUAAUCCCAGCUCUUUGUACUGUAGCAGGAACCAUAUUCUCCUGUACAAACUACUUUGGUGUGAUCUUCACAGGUGGCGUUGGUAAAAAUGGAUCAACUAUAGCAGGAACAAGUGUCCUUUCACCCUUCCUUCAUAUUGGAUCAGUGAUCGCAUUAGCUGCAAUGAUCUACAAGAAAUCUGCUGUGCAGCUCUUUGAAAAGCAUCCCUGCCUGUAUAUACUUAUGUUUGGUUUUGUAUCUGCCAAAAUAACUAAUAAAUUGGUGGUUGCACAUAUGACCAAAAGUGAAAUGCAUCUGCAUGACACAGCAUUCAUAGGUCCAGCACUUUUGUUCCUGGACCAAUAUUUUAACAGCUUUAUUGAUGAGUAUAUUGUACUUUGGGUUGCCCUGAUAUUUUCCCUCUUUGAUUUGCUCCGAUACUGUGUCAGCGUGUGCAAUCAGAUCGCUUCCCAUCUGCACAUCUAUGUAUUCAGAAUCAAGGCCUCUUCUACACAUUCUAAUCACCAUUAGUGACCGUACUGUCACCAGGAUGAGAAAUAAGAAACCGUUGUUUUCUUUGAGAGAGAAUAUGAACAUAUUUAGGAGACUAAGGCAAAAGGAGCAGAUGAGAACAAAUCUAAUUUAUAAUAAUCAAUGUUGUAUAACUUUUCUUUGUUACUGGUAUCACUCCUUAACUAGUCUCUGCCUAUGAGAGGGUGAAUUCCAAGUACGCUCCAGUCAAAUGUACAUGUAGUCAACUCUACUGGUUCAGUUCCCAGGAAAGCAUGCAGGGAGUAAUGCUUUGUCUUUGUAAUUACCUUGAAUACAGAAUAAACUAUCUAUGGUGAAUGAAUACCCAGCAAAUUAAAUUUCUAAUGUAGUAUAUUUACAAGCUGCAAUACAAUUUGCUUUAUAAUUUUAAUAUUUCAUCAUCUCUUAGUGAAAUACUUGUUUAGUGUCCAUUUGAAAUUUCUUUACUAAAAAGCUGAGCUUGUAAAACAGAGAUAUCCCACUAGCUUGCACAGCUGAAAUAGUGGUAGAUACUUUGAGUCCAGAUUGAUAUGGUUCAUUUGCUCACAUAUUGCUGAGGAAAGCAGUUUAUUGCUUAAGAACAGUAUAUUUUGGUAGGGUCCUGUAAGUGGGUGGAGGCAAAUAUCAGCAUGCAACAUAGUGUGGUAUCUUUGUCAAUUAAUUUUAUUUUUUUAAUAAAUAUUAUCUAAAAAAAAAAAGACUUAUUCUCCAUUUUCUUCAAUGGAAGGACUUGACAAGCAAAUUUUAUUGUUCCUUUUUUAUGUAUGAAACUUAAGCAAAAUUUUCUUUUUGCUCUUUAAUAAAAAAGAAAAUUCUAAGA